AUGAACAACAUCAACAUGGACGGACUUGACGGUGGGGCCGAAUUUGAGGGGUUGAUGCUAGAGGAGGCGAUGGCGCCGAUGGAGCAGUUCCCUAACUGGGACGAAGUGACGAAUGACUUCAACAAGCCGUUCCAGUUCGACAACAUUAGUUUCCUUGGCGAGGACGAAAGCGUCAGCGCAACUCUCGCAAGGGCGAGAGGAAUGAUACCCGAGUUUACAAACGAGCGUCUCGUGAGACUGUGA